AUGCUCUAUCUGGCUGGAGCGACCAAAGCAGUGGGGGAUGUUGACUCUGGAAACACUGUAACAGAUUUUUUGGAACUGGAAAGAGAACGUGGAAUUACGAUUCAGUCAGCUGCAAUUUUCUUUGAUUGGAUGAAUUGCAAAAUCAAUCUUAUUGACACUCCCGGACAUGUUGACUUUUCGUUGGAGGUUGAAAGGUGUGCUCGUGUUUUAGAUGCUGCAGUCACUGUACUGGAUGCUUCUGCUGGCGUUGAGGCUCAAACAAUAGCGGUAUGGGAACAAGCAAAAAAGUUUCAGUUGCCUUGUGCUUUCUUUUUAAACAAGAUGGAUAAACCAAAUGCAGAUUAUCAGAAAUCUAUUGAAUCUAUAUCUGAGCGAUUGCUCAUGAAAAACGUAGUGCCAGUGAGUUUACCCUACCAUAUGUUAUGGAAUCUUAGCUUAUGUGAAUAUUUUUGUCUACUUCUUGAAAUUUUUUCUUUUACUUUGCCGACUGCAACGUAUAUCACAUUACCAGCUUUUGGAAAGGAUGGAAAGUUCUGUGGAAUUUAUGACUUAUUAGAAAAAAAGUAUCUUAAUUGCCUUGAUGGUAAUGGUGCACGAUGGACAGAAAUUCUCGCAGAAUGUGAGGAGUAAGU